AUGCCCGCUCCAGAGAUCGAAUCUGAUGUCGAAUCAUACAGCGAAGAGGAGGGCUGCCAAGAGACAGCAAUCUACAGCGGCGUGUUAAAUGAUACAACGUCUCUUCCUAGCGAUGCCUCCCCCUCCUCUCUUGAUCUCCAUUCCGACUUCACGGGAAGCCUAGCCUACCAGUAUAACCUGGGUAACCACGCGUUUCACCGACUUGAAAUGCUGAUGAAAGCUGCUACGACGAAACCCCCGAAGAAUCGAACCGAGGCCACAGAGACCCCGUUCACGCCACACCCGCCCCGUCCCCGAACACUACAAGACCCCGAUGAGUAG